CCUGCACUAAAUAUUUUGACCCUCGGCGUUCCUUCAAUCAAUUGCACUUUUGUUACUUGCUUUGUUCUGCGUCAGGCACAUGGCGAUACCCUCCCAGCCGAUCAAUUGCAUAUCCCACCCAUGAAGAACCACAAGCUCACGGUCGAGAAGAUCGCGGCCAGCGUGCAAGGCUACUUCAAACAACGCGCUCCGUUCCGGAUCAAUCAUGGCUCAACGAACAGCACCCGCCAGGCGUUCCAACGCCAGAACACGGUCGACAUCAGCGCUCUCUCCCGGGUCCUAAAAGUCGACACUAAAACACGAACUGCCCUGGUCGAACCGAACGUGCCAAUGGACCGUCUCGUCGAAGCUACAAUGAAACAUGGCUUAAUCCCACCGGUUGUCAUGGAAUUCCCCGGGAUUACAGCUGGAGGUGGCUUUGCAGGAACCGGAGGCGAGAGCAGCUCUUUCAAGUAUGGAUAUUUCAACGAAACCGUUAAUUCGGUGGAGGUUGUACUUGGGAAUGGAGAAGUUGUGACUGCUUCGGAAAAGGAGAACGCCGACCUCUUCCAUGGAGCCUCUGGUGCGGUGGGAAGUUUGGGCAUAUCAACUUUGCUUGAGCUACAGCUCAUUCAGGCAAAGAAAUACGUCAAGGCAACUUACCACACAGUUAAAUCCGUCCCCGAGGCUGUCAAGAAGGUGAGGGAAGAAACGGAGAAUGCAAAACUUGAUUAUGUGGAUGGCAUUCUCUUCUCUAAAGACCACGGUGCGAUAGUCACCGGCACGAUGACAGACGAACUCCCACCAAAUGCUCAUGUACAGACUUUCAGCGACGCGAGGGAUCCUUGGUUUUACUUGCACGUGCAGGACAAAACGAAGGGAGUCGCAGAAUACACUGAAUAUAUCCCAUUGGCCGAGUAUCUGUUCCGAUAUGAUCGUGGAGGCUUUUGGGUUGGCGCGUCUGCUUUCAAGUAUUUCCGAUUCCCGUUCAAUUGGCUCUCUCGCUGGUGGCUUGACGACUUCUUGCACACGAGGAUGCUGUACAAAGCACUUCAUGCUAGCGGACAAUCCAGAAACUAUGUCAUCCAAGAUCUUGCCCUUCCAUAUUCUACAGCGGAAGAAUUCAUAAACUACACGGCUGACUCAUUCAAAAUAUGGCCCUUAUGGCUAUGCCCGUUAAAGCAAACUCGCCUUCCAACUCUGCACCCCCAUAACCCCGAGAUGGACACCGAUGGCAAAACAUUAAAGCCAAUGCUUAAUGUUGGCCUCUGGGGAUUUGGCCCUGCACAGCGGGACAAAUUUGUUGCCAAAAACCGCGAGCUGGAGCACAAGCUUCGUGACCUUGGAGGUAUGAAGUGGCACUAUGCCCACACGUACUACGAGGAGAACGAGUUCUGGAAGAUGUUCGAUCGCAAGUGGUAUGACGGCCUACGGAAGAAAUACCAUGGCGAGUCGCUACCCAGUGUCUGGCACAAGGUUAAAGUUGAUCCCGACGCCGCGAAGAAGGCAGAUAAUAGUUCGUGGGGCACAUGGGCGCUCCAGUUCUGGCCCCUUGGCGGGAUUUGGGGACUCCGGAAAUCUAUUGAAAGUCGUGAAUAUCUCAUCGCAAGGAACUCGACUUGGAAAUCAAAGAAGGGUCCAGAGGAGGGUAGAUGAGAUUAAGGGCGUGCUGGUGUAGGCAGUUGCAGCUUCAAGGAUCCAAUAUUGCUCAAAGGAUCUCUAUUGCCAUCCUCCCGAAGCAAGAUCCCGCUGGAAGAUAACUCACGGCUACAGAAACGGAUGGGCGCCAAACUUUCGAAGGUCAGGCGGCAGGGUGCCGCGGUACGGAUGUAUCGAAUUUCUUGAGCAAACCAAUGCUCGGCAUCAUCUGUUAGAGUGGACAUCUCCGGGGCGUGCUACACCUCUCUAGAAGGCUGGGAAACCACUCUUCGCCUCAACGUUAGAAACUGACUUCGGGUUAAUAUUCAAUUGUAUAUAUCAAUGUAGACAAACUAUUCAUGUAUAGUAUAAUUCAACUCAACGAGCAAGAUGAAUGCUUUGUAAAUAUAUAAUAAAGAUAUUUUCCAAAUAUAAUUACAAUUCAGACAUCAUUAAUAG